AUGGACGAAGAGGCGUUGCGGGCCAUGCUGCCGGCAGGCUUCGGAAAGCCAAAUAGUACGAGACAAGGGAAGGAAAAGGGCAAAAAAUCUGCUCCCAACCCGACCCCGGUUCUGGAUAUGCCGGCGACGCAGUCCCAGCUGGAGCCACCACAAGAAUGGCCGCGUACCAAUGACCAACGGCAAACAAAUGAAGUUCAAGAAACACAUAUAAACAGAGAGAGCAAUGAACAUGAAUCAGGAGGAAGCCGAAUGGCACAUGAGUUCGACGUGCUGAAAGAGUUUGCAAGCCUGCCACUGACACGCUCGAUCCAGCUCAAAGGUCAUACAAAGUCCGUCAGUGCGGUAGCAAUUGAUCGCAGUGGCGCUCGUGUAGCUACGGGAUCCACCGACUAUGACGUGAAAAUGUGGGACUUUGGUGGCAUGUCCUCAGACCUUCGUCCAUUCAAGUCGUUUGAACCAGCAGAAAACUACCCUGUGAUUGAAUUGGCAUUUGCUCCGCGCACAAAGAACUUGCUGUGCCUGAAUGCAGCGACACAGCCUCGUGUAUAUGAUUACGAUGGUCAUGAGCUGGCCGUUUACAAAAAAGGUGAUGUGUUCAUGCGGGACAUGAGACACACGACAGGGCAUAUUAGUGAUAUCACAUGCGGCGCUUGGCACCCGAUCGACGACACACAGUUUAUGACCGGCGGCACCGACAGCACGGUGCGUUUGUGGGAUGUGAACUACAAAGCAAGUCAGAAAACGGUCAUUGUCGUGCGCUCAAAAGAUCGCGGCACCAAAACCAAAGUCUCCGCGGCCACUUUCACGCCUGAUGCCCAAGCGAUCAUCGCAGCAGCUCAGGAUGGCGCACUGUACAUGUGGUCGACGAAGGGCCAGUUUUCUCGUCCUGCAGCCCACGUUCUUGGUGCACACAGGCACUCGGAAGGCGCGACAGGCCUGGCGAUUUCACCAGAUGGGAGCUCGCUCGCAUCGCGAGGCGCUGACAACACACUCAAGUUGUGGGAUCUUCGGAUGUUGCGUACACCUGUCGCCGUGCAGCAAGACUUGCCGAACGGCAGCGAAUGCACUGAUGUUCUGUACAGUCCUGAUGGCAGCCAGGUGCUGACAGGGGUGGCAUCUGUGAAAGGCGGCUCCUUGCACACGUCCGAUGUGCAAAGCCAAUGGGGCCAAUUGGCAGUGUUUUCGUCGGACAAACUUGAAUCUCAACUUGUAUACCCCGUGGCGCAGUCAAGCGUCGUGCGUGUUGCAUGGCAUCCACGACUGAAUCAGGUGUUUGCUAGUACGCGCGAUGGCGACGUACAUGUUUACUACGACGAACAAGCUUCGCAUCUGGGAGCACUCCUCUCAGUGAAAAAGCGAGCUCGCACACGCACAAAUCCAUAUGUUGCUGACCCGUCGAAGUCUGAUCCAUACGCAGAUGUUCCGAUCCUCGUGCCAGAAGAGUCGGAACGUGACGACUGGCUCGAGCCCGUGUACAAAAAGCCCCAGUAUCCACGGAAUCCUAAGAACGCACGUGUGCCUGAGCGGCCCUUGCAAGGCCGAGGUAAGGGUGGGCGUAUUGGUCGAUCAGCUAUGCAGCCGCUAAUGAUGGAUCUAUGGGAAGGUGAUUUACGAUCGGAGGAUCCGAGAGAAGCGCUGCUGAAGUAUGCUGACAAAGCGAAGAAUGAUCCUCGCUGGACAUCCGUGUAUGCCAAGACCCAGCCCACGACAAUCUUUGCGCAAGAUGAUGACGACACUGAUCAUCGUGGAGGCAAUAGCCAUGGUGCUAGUGACCAUCGCCAAAACUAG